CUCCAGGGUCCACACGUGUGAUUCUCAAUGGAGAUUAAAAACACAGAUUGAAUCUGUGAUAAUGAAAACCAGCCCCCGUCGGCCACUGAUUCUUAAAAGACGGAAGCUGCCCCUUCCUGUUCAGAAUGCCCCAGGGGAAACCUCAGAGGAGGAACCCAAGGAACCCCCUGCCCACCAGGAGCCUCGCCAAGCACAGGCCCCCCAGGAGAUGGCAGAGUCAAGCUCUUGCAAGUUUCCGGCCGGGAUCAAGAUUAUCAACCACCCUACCAUGCCCAACACCCAAGUGGUGGCCAUCCCCAACAAUGCCAACAUCCAGAGCAUUAUCACAGCACUGACCGCCAAGGGCAAAGAGAGUGGCAGCAGUGGGCCCAACAAGUUCAUUCUCAUCAGCUGUGGGGGAGCGCCCACUCACCCUCCACGACUCCAGCCUCAAGCCCAGACCAGCCAUGGUGCCAAGAGGACAGAAGUGAUCCCUGAGACGCUGGGACCAAAACCUAUGGCUAGGGAUGCGAGUCUUCCUAGACCACCCGGAGCCCUUUGCGGGCAGAAGCGGCAGAGCUGUGCAGGCGGCGAGGCAGCAGGCUGCACUCUUGACAACAGCCUGACCAACAUCCAGUGGCUGGGCAAGAUGACUUCCGAUGGGCUGGGCUCUUGCCACGUCAAGCAAGAGACAGAGGAAAAGGAGAACUGUCACCUGGAGCAGAGACAGGUUAAGGUUGAGGAGCCUUCAGGACCAUCUACGUCCUGGCAAAACUCUGUGUCCGAGAGGCCACCCUACUCGUACAUGGCCAUGAUACAAUUUGCCAUCAACAGCACCGAGAGGAAGCGCAUGACCUUGAAAGACAUCUAUACUUGGAUCGAGGACCACUUCCCCUAUUUUAAGCACAUUGCCAAGCCAGGCUGGAAGAACUCUAUCCGCCACAACCUUUCCCUGCACGACAUGUUUGUCCGGGAGACAUCUGCCAAUGGCAAGGUCUCCUUCUGGACCAUUCAUCCCAGCGCUAACCGCUACUUGACGCUGGACCAGGUGUUCAAGCCACUGGACCCGGGGUCUCCACAAUCGCCCGAGCACUUGGAAUCACAGCAGAAACGGCCCAACCCUGAGCUCCGCCGGAAUGUGACCAUCAAGGCUGAACUCCCACUGGGCGCACGGCGGAAGAUGAAGCCUCUGCUCCCUCGGGUCAGCUCGUACCUGGUGCCCAUCCAGUUCCCGGUGAACCAACCCCUGGUGUUGCAGCCCUCAGUGAAGGUGCCACUGCCCCUGGCGGCUUCCCUCAUGAGCUCGGAGCUCGCCCGCCACAGCAAGCGAGUCCGCAUCGCCCCCAAGGUACUGCUCGCCGAUGAGGGGGUAGCCCCUCUCCCCACUGCAGAACCAGCGAAAGAGGAGAAACUCCUGCUUGGAGAAGGGCUGUCUCCUCUGCUUCCAGUCCAGUCCAUCAAGGAGGAGGAAAUCCAGGCUGGGGAGGCAGUGCCGCUCCUGGCAAGACCCAUCAAAGUGGAGAGCCCGCCCCUGGCAGAGUGGCCCUCCCCGGCCCCGUCUCUCAAGGAGGAGUCGCCUCACUCCUGGGAGGACUCGUCCCAGUCCCCCACCCCCAGGCCCAAGAAGCCCCACGGCGGGCUCAAGUCCCCAGCCCGGCGUGUCUCAGAAAUGCUUGUGAUCCAACGCAGGGAGAGGAGGGAGAAGAGCCGGUCUCGAAGGAAGCAGCACCUCCUGCCUCCCUGCCUGGACGAGCCAGAGCUGCUCUUCUCAGAGGGUCCCGGCCCGUCCCGACGGGCCGCUGCGCCCCCUCUCCCGGCCGGCCCUUCCGAGUCUGCCUCCCAGCUCGGCUACUCCCAGGAGGAGGGGGGGCCUUUCAAGACGCCCGUUAAGGAGAUGCCGCCCAUCUCCUCCACCCCGAGCAAGUCUGUCCUCCCCAGAACCCCUGAGUCCUGGAGGCUCACGCCCCCGGCCAAAGUGGGGGGGCUGGACUUCAGCCCAGUACGAACCCCCCAGGGAGCCUUCGGCCCCCUGCCCGACUCCCUGGGGCUUGGCGACCUCAGCACCACCCCGCUGAAAAGCGUUCCCCUCUUUGACUCGCCUCGAGAGCUCCUCAAUGCAGAGCCCUUCGACCUCACCUCUGACCCCUUUGGCGGCUCCCCGCCCUCGGACGUGGAAGUCCCCAAGCCGGGCUCCCCGGAGCCCCAGGGGCCUGGCCUUUCCGCCAACCGCUCCCUGACAGAAGGCCUGGUGCUGGACACCAUGAACGACAGCCUCAGCAAGAUCCUGCUGGACAUUAGCUUCCCAGGCCUGGAGGAGGACCUGCUGGGUCCCGACGGUGUCAGCUGGUCCCAGUUCAUUCCUGAACUGCGGUAGGCCCAGGCCUGUGCCCC